AUGGAUCCAUCAUGUGGCCGCAUCCUCCGGGAAAGCGCAGGUCCAUUGAAAGCGGUCAGCCAGCAGGUGGUCUUCUGGGGCCAGGUUCCCGGGGCAGGGGGCUGCAGUGGAAAGGGGGUGUCGAAGCCUCGGUAUGCCGGUUGGGAGGUGACCACCCGUGAUGCCGUCUGUAGAGGCUUUGAUGAGCCCGAGUUGAGGGGGUGGGACAAAAAUAUUGACUCAUGUCUGCUCUCCGUGAGUGAUGGUUGUUGGGCGAAACAGGCUAUCCAUAAAGAGGCAUGUCAUCACGAGACCGUCUAG